AUGGAAGAGGGACUCGAGGGAAAACAGGGACUCGAGGGAAAGCAGGGACUCGAGGGAAAGCAGGGACUCGAGGGAAAGCAGGGACUCGAGGGAAAGCAGGGACUCGAGGGAAAGCAGGGACUCGAGGGAAAACAGGGACUCGAGGGAAAACAGGGACUCGAGGGAAAACAGGGACUCGAGGGAAAGCAGGGACUCGAGGGAAAACAGGGACUCGAGGGAAAACAGGGACUCGAGGGAAAGCAGGGACUCGAGGGAAAACAGGGACUCGAGGGAAAACAGGGACUCGAGGGAAAGCAGGGACUCGAGGGAAAGCAGGGACUCGAGGGAAAACAGGGACUCGAGGGAAAACAGGGACUCGAGGGAAAGCAGGGACUCGAGGGAAAACAGGGACUCGAGGGAAAGCAGGGACUCGAGGGAAAGCAGGGACUCGAGGGAAAACAGGGACUCGAGGGAAAACAGGGACUCGAGGGAAAGCAGGGACUCGAGGGAAAACAGGGACUCGAGGGAAAGCAGGGACUCGAGGGAAAACAGGGACUCGAGGGAAAACAGGGACUCGAGGGAAAGCAGGGACUCGAGGGAAAGCAGGGACUCGAAGGAAAGCAGGGACUCGAGGGAAAACAGGGACUUGAGGGAAAACAGGGACUCGAGGGAAAGCAGGGACUCGAGGGAAAACAGGGAUUCGAGGGAAAACAGGGACUCGAGGGAAAGCAGGGACUCGAGGGAAAACAGGGACUCAAAGGGAAAGCAGGGACUCGAGGGAAAGCAGGGACUCGAGGGAAAGGAGGGACUCGAGGAAAGGAGGGACUCGAGGGAAAGCAGGGACUCGAGGGAAAACAGGGACUCGAGGGAAAACAGGGACUCGAGGGAAAACAGGGACUCGAGGGAAAACAGGGACUUGAGGGAAAGCAGGGACACGAGGGAAAGCAGGGACUCGAGGGAAAACAGGGACUCGAGGGAAAACAGGGACUCGAGGGAAAACAGGGACUCGAGGGAAAACAGGGACUCGAGGGAAAACAGGGACUCGAGGGAAAGCAGGGACUCGAGGGAAAACAGGGACUCGAGGGAAAACAGGGACUCGAGGGAAAGCAGGGACUCGAGGGAAAGCAGGGACUCGAGGGAAAACAGGGACUCGAGGGAAAACAGGGACUCGAGGGAAAGCAGGGACUCGAGGGAAAACAGGGACUCGAGGGAAAGCAGGGACUCGAGGGAAAGCAGGGACUCGAGGGAAAGCAGGGACUCGAGGGAAAGCAGGGACUCGAGGGAAAACAGGGACUCGAGGGAAAACAGGGAAUCGAGGGAAAGCAGGGACUCGAGGGAAAACAGGGACUCGAGGGAAAACAGGGACUCGAGGGAAAGCAGGGACUCGAGGGAAAACAGGGACUCGAGGGAAAACAGGGACUCGAGGGAAAGCAGGGACUCGAGGGAAAGCAGGGACUCGAGGGAAAGCAGGGACUCGAGGGAAAACAGGGACUCGAGGGAAAGCAGGGACUCGAGGGAAAACAGGGACUCGAGGGAAAGCAGGGACUCGAGGGAAAGCAGGGACUCGAGGGAAAACAGGGACUCGAGGGAAAGCAGGGACUCGAGGGAAAGCAGGGACUCGAGGGAAAGCAGGGACUCGAGGGAAAGCAGGGACUCGAGGGAAAGCAGGGACUCGAGGGAAAGCAGGGACUCGAGGGAAAGCAGGGACUCGAAGGAAAGCAGGGACUCGAGGGAAAGCAGAGACUCGAGGGAAAGCAGGGACUCGAGGGAAAACAGGGACUCGAGGGAAAACAGGGACUCGAGGGAAAACAGGGACUCGAGGGAAAGCAGGGACUCGAGGGAAAGCAGGGACUCGAAGGAAAGCAGGGACUCGAGGGAAAACAGGGACUCGAGGGAAAACAGGGACUCGAGGGAAAACAGGGACUCGAGGGAAAGCAGGGACUCGAGGGAAAACAGGGACUCGAGGGAAAGCAGGGACUCGAGGGAAAGCAGGGACUCGAGGGAAAGCAGGGACUCGAGGGAAAGCAGGGACUCGAGGGAAAACAGGGACUCGAGGGAAAGUAG